AUGACCGUCAAUGACAAUGGCAACACAUUACUUGGUUCAGCACUUGCUCGAUUCAUAUCAGAUAGAUCCCAAACAGUCCGACCGAGUAAUAAGAAGAGGAAGAAUCAAAAGAGGAAAGAGAUACCUCAACUAUUGUUGACAAUCAACAAUCUGUUCAAAGUUGCAGUGAAGAUGAACAAUGAUGUCAUUAUGAUCCACUUGAUUAAGAGAUGGAUACAAGGAGUGGAAGAGUUGAGGACUGGUGAUAUGGACGAUGAUAUGAUCAACAAUCUUGUCAAGACAUCUUUGUUGGCUAAAUCAUAUCCACCAUUACCCAAAGGAAAUGACAAAGUGGAGCUCAGUCGACUGAUGAUCGAGUUCCUCCUCACACUGCCUAAUGAUAUGAUACCUUUGUUAUGGGAGGGCUGCAUGGAGGACUCGACCGGGUCUGACUUGGACUUUUUCCUUGACGUGGUCAGCUACACGUCCAAAAUAGAUCGACCCGUCAACAUCAUCGAACAGUACAUCAUCACAUUACGUCCCGUGUUUACCAACCAUCAAACACGUGUAAUCAAUGACUUUGAACACCUUCUCUCGCAAGGUAUAUCUCGUAUAGACCAAGUACCGGUCGCCGGGGGCAUGCUCAGAAUGGCACACCAACGCAAACACUUUGACCUGUUCUUGAAGGUCGUCCAACACUUGGACUGGGUCGAGGACGAGAACCAUCAUGUGACUUGUACAGGCCUGCUCUCAUCAUCACGACCUGUGACCUUGGGCUCAUUCAAAGCAAUCUUUCAUCUGACCAAAAGUUGCCUCAAUAAGAUCGUCCGCCGUGGUGACAUCAACUUCCUGCAGCAUAUCAAACAUCUGCUGCCAGACAUCAUGAGCGAUUUCGCUGCCCAUCCACAAUCAUAUCAAUACCCACUGUUUGAUGAGUACCUUCUUAAUGAUGCACUUGGGGCCGGUCAUUAUGAAUGUGCCGUCUUCAUUAUGGACAACAUCAUAAUGCAGUACCAACCACCAAACAUCGAUAAUAAUGGUGAUGAUGAUGAUGAUGCCAGACCACUAUGGUUUGUUGGAUACUCAAUCGACUUAUCGAAUCACAAGCAUGAUUGGUUGACGCUGAUUGAUCGGCUGCUCAACAAUGAGCGAGUGUCAGCAAACUUGUUUGAUAUCUAUUCAUCGGCGAUCAGGGCCAGACACAUGGAUGUGAUCAAGCGUGUCGAGCAAGCCAAUGACAAUCGACUACCAACAUCAUAUGGACUAUCCAUGGGUCCAUUGCUCAAUGUUGCAAUUAGGGAGCAAUACAUCGAAGGCAUCAAAUCAAUCAUACAAUACAUUGUGGAGAUGAUCUUGGCGGCAGUCCCACCGGGUAUCCUACAAUUCAGAGUCAAGCAUCGAACACUUUGCAAACUCUCUGCCAGCACGGUCAACCUGAUGAUAAAGUAUGGACACAACCAGCAUUACUCUGAAGUCUUGGCAUAUAAUGCAGCAUUGCUUGGACAGCUGGACUUGUUCAAAACGUUGUGUCCGCCUCAAAACAAUCACAUGGUCACGCACUGGAUUUCACAUGUCUGCAAACAUGGACAAGAUCAUGAAGGCAUGGCCAGUAUGAUCAAACAUCUAUUUGAGAUCGCCCCGCCACAAUACUCCAUCAGGAAACUUGUAUUGCAAUCAUUGAUCAACUUUAGUCAAGGUCACAAGGUUGACGCACUCCUGGCUACACCAAAUCACACAAGUCGCAAUGAACCUUUGGAAAGACGCCCUGCCAAGCCCGGCAUGUUGGAGUCUCUUGGAGAUGUCCUGUCAUUCUUUAACAUGCGUCCAGAGCCAAGGCAUUUACGUGGACAUUCACUUGGACAUUCCAACCAUCGUAUAUACCAUGAUGUCAGUGCGCUUAGCAGGGAAGAGAUCGAGUUCAUCUGGUCCAGAGUGAACGACAUCGCCAAAGAAUGCCAAUUCUUCAUCAACGAUGUCUUGUCAUCACAAGCUGCCGUGAACAACAUCAUCACGUACCAGGUGGUAUUGGACAGUUUGAUUGAGGGUGGUCACUUCCAGACAUCUCAGCCAUUCAUUCGUGCACCAAGUCCAGGACUCAUCAGAGCCAGGGCGUCUACCAAUCGACGAUAUGCAUCAUCUCUAUCAAUUCUCAAACUAUUCAAUCCACAAUGUCCUGAAAGUCGACAAUAUAGUCAACUGCUCAUUCCACUUACAGAGGAUGAGAUCAAGCAACAUCAAUCAAUGUUCAUUGAUCUUGGAGUGUUUGAACCCUUGCCCUCGCCCUCGACCUCGCCCUCGCCCAUAAACAUUGUAGUUUCAUGGCUAGCAUCUUUGUUUAGGUUGAGAUAA